AUGUCGCGGGUGCCAGUGAGUCUUAACAUGCCACUCAGCUUCAGGCCCGAGCUAAUACUCGCGAAGGAGAUUGCCCAGGUGCUGGAAGGCCGUCCUCGACGCCGCGGAAAUCAGCAGCAGGGCGCUUAUGAGUACGGUAUAUGCGCGCGCUUCUGGCUGCUGAACGUGAACACGCCCUUCGAGGCGAGGUUUACGAACCUAAGAAAAUGUCCGCCAAAUUUUUACACGCUUGCCCUCGAAAUAAAUCAGGUCAUCGCUGAUGUACGGGCUGGACAACCCAUGUUCAAGCAUCCAGGCUGGGCAAGGCUACUCGUUAUGGAUGCUCGUCUGCCGCAUUUGCCCAGCGGUGGGCCACACUUUCAAAGCACGUGGCGCAUGGCUCACUUUGUUGGGGACGUCCAACACAGUAAUAACCCCAACCUGUCCUUCUCCACCAUCUCCUGCCCCCACCGCGACUCGCCCGCCGUCAUGCGCUGGACCUGGACAGAGCCCGAAAUGCCCGACAGGCGAACGGAUCCUCAGGCCUCAGUACUCAGUCCCGGGAGGCUACUUAGCAGCGAGACUUCGAGCAAUGCUACGGUUCAGGAAGCCCGCCUCGCCUCUGUGAUAUGA